UAGAAAUGCGUACGAUUUUGAAAUGCUGUUUAUUUUGAUUAACAUUAAAUAAAGUUUGUGAAGCAAUUAUUGGAAAUACGUUCUGACGAGAGCUUAGUGUUCGAUCAAUAAAACAGGUUUAAUUUUUUAUGUUUCAUUUGUUAUAGAAUUUGAGAAUUUUGACCAUUAGCCAUUAAAAGAUUAACAUUUAAUGGUUGAAAACAAGUCAAUUAUCCAAAUGACUCCAGUAUUGGAUGAAUACUGGAUUUGUGAGAGAUUGUUUUUGAAGUAUGAGGCACCAAUUUUAGUUGAUUCUCAAGGUAAGUACAUCACAGGGGCAAAGGAAAGAUGGCUUGAACUUGUCAGAUACAUUUAUGAAGAUGUAACAUGGUUGCUCUUGCAACCAUCUUGCAGGUUUUGGUCUUGUGUCAUUUAUAACUCAUCAAUUAUUGAUUCAAUUGUCAUUUUCUUGCAAGAAGCCCCAACUCCAUACACUUUGAAAAAUUUUCCAGAUGAUAAUGAUAUUAAAGAACAUUUUGAUAAACUUAGAAAAAGUAUACUGCUGGUAUUAGCUAGAUUCAUGUCUAACCAAGAAACUGCUUUAAAUUAUAUUGAUUCCGUUAAACAUGCGUAUUUACUGUACAACAAAUACAUACUGACUGUUCCGAUCCUGAUGGACAUAUGUCAGCAGUAUGGUCAGGAUAACAGAAAAAUUAUUGAAAAAAUUGUCAAUGAGGCAUUUACAAUUCAACCAUUGUAUGAAAAGGAUUUGGAA